AUGGUGAACAGCUCUGGACGGGCAUCUGGGCAGAAAGCUCACUUACUUUUGCCCACGUUGAAGGAAAAUGACACACAUUGCAUCGACUUCCAUUAUUACUUAUCCAGCAGAGAUCGCUCGAGUCCUGGCUCUCUGAAUGUCUACGUGAAAGUGAACGGAGGACCGCAGGGCAAUCCCAUAUGGAAUGUCUCAGGGGUUGUUACAGAAGGAUGGGUGAAGGCAGAACUUGCCAUCAGUACGUUCUGGCCACAUUUUUAUCAGGUGAUAUUUGAAUCUGUCUCUGUGAAAGGACAUCCAGGGUACAUAGCUGUGGAUGAAGUCAGAGUUCUUGCCCAUCCAUGCAGAAAAGCACCUCAUUUCUUACGGCUUCAGAAUGUGGAGGUUAAUGUGGGACAGAACGCGACAUUCCAGUGCAUUGCUGGGGGAAAGUGGUCCCAGCAUGACAAACUCUGGCUCCAGCAGUGGAAUGGAAGGGACACAGCUUUAAUGGUCACUCGAGUCGUCAACCACAGGCGUUUCUCUGCUACGGUCAGCGUUGCUGACACUUCGCAGCGCAGUAUCAGCAAAUACCGCUGUGUCAUUCGUUCAGAUGGUGGGUCUGGAGUUUCAAAUUAUGCGGAAUUAAUAGUGAAAGGUAGGUUGUAUUAAAACAGCAAGUUUGUGUUAGAUGAACGUUUCCUCCCGUGUCAACUGUGUAUAAAAUUUGACACCCUGUUGGGUGGGCCUUUCUCUUUCAAUCAUAUUAGAUUCAAGGGGGAGAAAUGGGUAAAAGUGACAUGAAUUUCAAUCAUUUUU